UAAAAGUAUGGGUAGCUCACGACAUUAGAAACACAAUUAAAAUCGUAAGCAAACGGGCAAGUUCAAUUAUGAAGGUGCUAUUAGUAUUUAUAGGCUUUGCGAGUCUAUUGGCUGUAAGUUCGGCAAAUCAAUUCGCAGCACGCUAUGAUGAUUUUAAGGUUUAUAGAGUCAUGGUAAAGGACGAUCAGCAAUUAAAGGAAUUUAUUAAAUUGUGUGAUAGUUUACCGUUGCGCUAUUUGAAUGAACUUAAAGGUCCUGGUCAAAGUUAUGAUGUUGUUAUCGAUCCUGCAAAUCAAAACAAGUUGGAAACGCAAUUACGUUUUCUGGAAUUAGAAUUCUCCUGCAUGAUCGACGAUUUACAAAGUGUCUUAGAAGAAGAAUGUCAACCUGAAACCCGUCAAACUAAUAUACAACGUAAGCGCUCCGACAUGGAUUGGACUCAGUACCAUGAUUUACCUGUCAUUUAUAGUUGGUUACAGAAAUUAACCUCAAAACAUCGCCGUUUAGUCAAACCCUAUGUUAUAGGUCGUUCUUAUGAAAAACGUCCCAUUAAGGCCAUAAAAAUUUCCGCUAAACCGGGUAAUAAAGCCAUUUUCGUAGAGUCCAAUAUACAUGCCAUCGAGUGGAUUUCAUCGGCCACCACUACCUGUUUCUUUGAGAAUUUAUUGAAUUCUGAAGAUCCCAAUAUGAAGAACUUAUUAGAAAAUUAUGAUUGGAUAUUUGUUCCCGUUUUGAAUCCUGAUGGUUUUGAGUACUCACACAAUGUUGAGAGAUUAUGGCGUAAGAAUCGUAGACCAACGGGUUUCCAUAAUGCCUCAGGUCCUUGUUAUGGUAUAGAUAUGAAUCGUAAUUUUGGCUAUGGAUGGGGAAUUAGUGGUUAUAAUUUUGAUGUCCCCUGCGAUCAUUGGUAUGGUGGUGCUAAACCCGACUCUGAGCCCGAAGUUCAGGCCUUAGAACGGUUUGUUAAUAGCUUCGAAGAUGGUUAUAUACGCAUGUAUUUAGCUUUUCAUUCCUUUGGCAAUUAUGUGCUGUUACCUUAUGGUCAUACUAAUACCGAAUUUCCUCCCAAUUAUGAUCAAAUGAUGCGUAUAGCUAAUGCUUUUGCUGAUGCGGCUCGUGUGAAAUAUGGUACCGAUUUCAAAAGUGGUGCUAGUGGUUUAUUGAACUAUCCUGUUUCUGGUUCUGCCAAGGAUUGGGCUUAUGGUGUUAAGAAAAUACCUUUUACGGCUACUAUUGAAUUAAGAGAUCGUGGUCAAUAUGGUUUCUUUUUGCCACCUUCUCAAAUUAGAGAGGUCUGUGAGGAGGUAACAGAUGGUUUGGUGGCCAUGGUGGAUAAAGCUCAGAAAGAGGGAUUAUUUGAUUAGAAUCAUCAAAUAAGAAAUAAUGUCAAAUAAAAAUUUUAAACAAAUAUUGUUCAGAUUUAUUU